CGAUAAUUGGAGAAUUUAAAAUAAAGUUAGGAAUUUUUAACUCAAAGUCACACUGUCAAUGUCAAAAAAAAAGAUUCUUGUUGGACUAUACCAAGCAAUAACAAAAUAAUAAGCGAAACUGUGUUUUAAAUGUUAUUUAUUAUGAUUAUAAUUUUACAUUGUUAUAUUUUAAAUAAGUUUAGUGGCAACUAAAAGGAAGUACAUAAAGUGUUUAAAUAGAUUCUUUCUUUGUUAGGAAUACUUACAAAUGUUCUAAUUGUCAGUCCAUUUUCAUAUUGAUUAAGCUUUUUUUCAUUUUGUUUGAAUUAAUAAAAACAAGUAAUGGAAGUAUAUUGUAGAGGAUGUUUAGUUCAGUAUAAUGAUCCGUCUGAAUUGAUACAGUAUACAGAGAAGAAUAGAAGAUUAUUUAUAUAUUGUACUGGUAUACAGGUUAAAUUAAAUGAUAGUUUUACAUUCCAAUUAUGCAAAGACUGCUACCUCAAUAUGCAAGUUAGUUGCAAAUUUAAGAAGUUAUGUCAUAAUUCUGAUAAGAGAAUAAAAAAUUACUUAGCUUUAAAAAAUUCUGGUGAAAAUGUUGACUUAUCUACCUACCUCAAAACAAAUGAUGACUCUAUAACAUUCAGGCUACCAUUGCUUGGGAAUAGUACACCAGACAAAAGUAAUGUUAAAGAUGAGGAUAAUGAAUCAACAUGCACAAGUAUACAAAACUUUAUCAACGACAUUAUGGCGUCAGAGGAGAUACCGGCCACGGAAGCGCGCAUCAUACGGGAAGUGAUAGAGGAAGAGGCGGAUGUUCUAGAUGAUUCUUUGGACUCACAUUGGCUACAAGAUGAUUUAUCUAUUGAUAAUAGCUGCAAACUAGAUUUCAGUUUCAGUCCAUUUGUAACACCAAAUUAUGUGAACGAAGAUAGUCCGAAGAAAUUUAUAAAUGAAAUUAUAAAGAAAGAACCUGAGGAGGCCGUCACAUUUAAAACACCAGAAGACAUCAGUGUUAAAGUCGAAUUUAAGCUGGAAGAUUGUAAUGAAAUGGAAACGAAAUGUACAAUAGACCAGAAUUUAGAAAAUGCCUUACAAAAUGAGAAUAAUGAAAAUGUCUUCUUGGAAGAUUUACUGGUUACACCUCCAUUACAGUCAAAUAUAUCUGGACCCCCAACUCCUGUGAUAAACGAUAUACUAUUCGGUGAAAAAUUGGAAAGUGACAGUGAAAAUUCUUUAAUGAAAAAUAUAGGAAAAUGUAUAGAAGAAUUUAAGCCUGUUAAAACCGAAAACGAUGUUUUGGAGGAGAUCUUAGCUGAAACUGUCAAAGAAUUUGACAUAGAUGGUGAUAUUGAAAUGAAAACAGAAAUAUUAAAAGAGAAAAAUACCUACAAGAACAAAGGUAAAAGAAAAAUCAACGACAAGAAGAGAAAACAGCUGGCAACAAAGUGUUCAUCUCCGGAUGAAAAUAAAUAUAGUGUAACUAAUUUUUAUUGCAAAAUGUGUAACAAACAAUUUAAAAAUCUGGCCGCGUUGAAAGUGCAUUGCGGUAGGAAACAUAAAUUAAGAAUAAAUUACAUAAAUCCUGAUCCUAAAAUAGGAAAGCCUAGAAUUUGUGAUUAUUGUGGAGUGAUAUAUCAUCGUUUACCACAAUUUAUAAGGCACAUUAAAAGUCACACUAAAACCGUAACACCACGUUCGUAUGUAUGCCAGCUUUGUUCGUUGAAAUUCACUUCUAAGGCCAAACUUGAUAUGCACCAGAAUACUCACAAAACGAAAUCUUUAGAUCCACAGAAUGAAAAGAAAUUCGUUUGCACUAUUUGUGGUGCGGGCAGUUCGUCCGCCACCAACUUGAAGACACACCUCCGCCGGCACUCCAAGAACUACACGGUGCACUGCGAGCAGUGCGGCCGCGGCUUCUACAGGAAGACCGACCUCACCACGCACUACAGACUCCACACUGGAGAAAAACCUUACCCCUGCGAGCAUUGUAAUAGAACAUUCGCACGACGCGACGUUCUCAAUAGGCAUAUGAAAUGUCACACAGACGAAAAACCAUUCGUAUGUCCGUACUGCGACAUUCGGUAUUCAAAGAAAUAUAACUUGCUAGCACAUCUAGAGAAAGGCAAGUCGUGUCGCAGCACAUUGCCUACAGAAGGCAAGGACGAUAGCAACGUGGCGGUGUACUACGCUCCCGUCGUCGGCAAUGACGUCAUUGUGGAUGAAAAUGAAGCGAAAGAACUAGAAAAAGACUCAAACGCUGACGAAACAUAAUAUGUUAAUAAAGAUUAU